AAAACGGUUAAAGCAGAAUUUUUUUUUGAAGAAAAAGAACACAACUCGUCUAUUUUGUAUCGAAUUCUCGUCUUUUUCGUGAAUAUUUUGUCGAAAACUGAUGAAAAACGUCGCAUUUUUGUGAAAAAAGUCAAAGUCAAGAAUCGCUAAAAUGGAAACUGAUAAGAUUCCUGCCAACAAAUUCCUGAGCGCCGUAAUGGAUACCACAGACACCGACACGGACAGCUCUGCGCUUUACUGCUCCGCCCUCGAGGAGAUUUCGAUGUCAAAUUCGCAAGUUUACAACGACGAGAGCACUUUGGAGGCCAGUCACGAGAUAACUUUGGAAAAAACGAUGGAAAAGACCGUGAAACACGCAAAAUCGCCACAUUUGCUAAAUUCUCCCGCCGUCAAACGCUUCGCCAACUCGCCUUUGAUGCUCUCGGGACGCAAACAGCUCCUGCAACAAAACAUCAGCUCAACGCCGUGCAUCGCGCCCGUCGACGAAAACGACUUGAAUGCCGUCAACAAGGAAAAUUGGAGCAAAUUGACGUUGAAUUUCGAGAAAAACGUCGAAAUUGUGAAUCAACAACUCGAAAAUGUCAAGUUGGAGCUUCCGCAGAAGGCGAAUUGGCGUUUCACGUCGCCCUCGAAUCCCGCAUUUAACUUUGAAAUUGAUCCUGUGCCGGAAAAAGAGAAGAAAAUAUCUCCCGGGCAAGUUGCUUUCCAAAAAACCGCCACUCGCGUGAGUCAGGAGUACGAAAUGGAAGAUUUGAUGGGAGUUGCGCCGCCUUUGACGGGUCGCGAAUCGAUGGCAAUCGAUGAUUUCGCGCCCAUGAAACAACUUUUCAAGGUUAAAACGCCGUGUAAGCAACUGCCGAUCAGCGAAACGGACACCGAGAGUGAUGCAUCGCCUGUUGUGACGGCAGAAUUUAAGCCCAUAAAGACUUUGGUCGAACAAGCUUUCGAGAAAAUGGCAGCGAGCAUGGCUAAUUCGAGCAUUGACGAGAUUUAUUCCAAAGAUGAGGAGAAAAAACCGGCGAUUAAAGAGUCUUUGUUGCCAAAACGCACCUCAAUUUCGACGGCAUAUCGCAAGGGAGUCGUUUCCAAGGUGAAUUCUGCGCCUGGCGUGACGUCACAAGUGCCUGCAGCGAAGAAACGUGCAACUUGGGCCUCACGCCAACCCAUAACACAACUGCCGGGCAUCGCGGAGACGAAAACUUUGCCUCCCAAAGCUCCUCUUCCGUCGCGAAAAUCAUUUCUUCCAACAAAAUCUUUGGAUUCGGGCACUUCAGAAGCUCAAAAGUCAUCCACAGGUGCCAUUAAGAAGCGUCAAUCGUUGCAUCCAGCUGCCCUGCGACCCGCUUCGAUGCGAAAAGUGCCUCCCGAAACGAAAACUGAAGCACCUAAGAAGCCCCCGGCGAUGCCAACUCUCAAAAUUGCCACCGUCAAAGUCGGAAAUCGUCGUUCGAGCUUUGGAAAAUCCGUUGGGAAGCUCAGCAUUCGUAAAUCCAUGUUGCCAAGUCGAGCAUCUCCGAAGCCAACACGUCGUAGUGUCAUGCCAUUAGCUGCUCGUCGUUCCGUAAUGCCUCCCCCAGCCUCAGGAGCGUCAACUUCUACCGCCUCGAGCUCUCGUGCACUUGGCGCGAUCCCGAAACAAGCGUCCUUGACAAAAACCGCAUCGAAAUCCGAACUCAUGUGCAAAUACUGCGACAAAAAAUUCAUGAUCCCAAAGGCGUUGGAUGAUCAUUUGCUUCUGAAAUGCACGAAAAUCCCGCCGAAAGACAAGAAACAGCUCUUGAGUCAAAGUUAUGCAGCUCGCGAAUCCGAAUACAGUCGAAAGGCGACGGGAAAUAAGUCAAUUGGUGCCAACAAGACUGCUGAUCCAAUGGAAUCGUCUGCUUCGAGUGCGGCAAGUAACGGAAAUUCUGCAAUGAAGUCGCUGCCAAGGACAAAUCGAGCUCAUUCGGGACUCAUUCAUACGCCAAACAAGCAAAUUACGUGCAUGGCAUGCGGCGCAAAGUUUGGCAAUGUUGUUAAUUACACGAUUCAUAUGACGUCAGAGCAUGGAAAGGCUAAAAAGGACACGGAAACACCCGAAAAGGAGGAAAAUUAAUCAAAUUUCUUAUUUUUUAUGUGAAUUGAUUUGUCGUCGGCAUCUCUGUCAGAAUUUAUAUUUUUUUUUAAGUUUUUGAUCCCAGUUUUUUUGAAUAAAUUCAAUUUUUU